AUGCCACAACCUUCCAUGGCUUCUCCUCUCCUAUCUCUCCCUUUGGAGAUCCUUCUUGAAAUUACCGGACGGCUUGCCGAGGGAGAUCUGCAGGGCGUGCACGCACUCUCUCUUGUGAACAAGCGAUGCUGCUCUCUUGCCAACCGACAUCGCUUUCGAAAUGUCCAUUUCACUAUCCUUGGGGAGAAGCGUAUGCAGGUGCAUAUUGAACGGUGGGAGCAGAUUUUGGCUCGCAACGAAGCCUUUGCGUUUGUUCGGCGUUUGAGCGUCCACCUAGCUAUUAACGGAACGGGCCCAUCAUCCGAAUACGACCACAUGGAUGAUCCAGAAGAGCGCGAGCCGGACGAAUAUCGGCAUGCGUUCAUCGACGAGAACGAAUGGUCCUGUUUGAAAAAUACAUACUUUUUGUUAUUUUUCUCUCCAUCAAGGAUUGGGAUUAACCCACCGCAAGAGAGAGACACCUGGAGACCGCUAGCCUCUUUCCUCCGAAGGCUAUCAGGGCUUGAGGACUUCGUUUGGAUCACUGGCGUGGAGGUUCCUGUCUGUUUCUUGAAUGUCUUGCAUCAAGAUAUACCGGCUUGUCGUCUACACCUUAGAGCAUUCAGUGGGUUUAAGAGCCUCACUGCAGACGGCCAGCUCAAUGAGUAUGAGCAUACUCUUGCAACCUCACGGUCCCUGUCUAGUGUUGUUUGUGAGGUCAACCAGGGAGUAAACUCACUUCAGGAACAGGCUAUUAUGCAGAUGGCCGCUGGAGCUUCCCCAAGUCUUGAGCAACUCUAUAUACGCUACAGCCCUCCCGAUUUCACAAGCCCUUACUGGCUAACCCACGGUGCCCGACCAACGCUCCCAAAAUGCUUCCACAAUCAACCCAGCAGGACCCUCUCUAGCCUCCGCGUGUUGGGUAUGGCUGGAUCAAGCCCCGAUGGUACGGCGAAGGAUGAACUAGAAGGCUGGAGCAAGAUCAUACCCUUUCACAACCUUCAAGGUCUCCAAUUGCAUACCUUUCAAAAUGAGCGCCUGCUUGUAAACGCACCGCUCUACCGCUUCUCCUCAUUGAAAACGCUAGCCUUGGACCUUGGUAUUAACAAAAUGAACAUUGAAGAUCGUCAAGGUACAGCAUAUCGGAUGGAUAGUGCUGCCGGUGGUUUUCUCUACAGUUUACCUCCUCUUGAAAGUCUCUAUCUCUCAAGUACAUACUCUGAGAAAUCAUUCAACGCUGCCAUACAGCGUCAUGGACCACGAUUAAAACGGUUCGGCCUCGUACCUCAGCUCAGCCAAGACAGUUGGCGAUGGAGAAUUACACCGGAAAUGCUUCAGGAGGUCAGCAGUGCCUGUCCGAAUCUCUCAUCGCUCACAGUGCGCAUCGAGAGGACCCAGGGAGACGCCAACGAGAUUAACAUAUACAAAGCUCUAAGGCUUGUACGCCUUAAACACCUAACAAUUGAGUUAGACUGCGCUUUCAAAUCAAGGGAGAACCCAUAUGGCACCGAGAGCAUCCGCGACUUUUUGAUCAAUCGAGCCGUCGAUGAAGCGUUGGUGCGCGCGAUACUUGCAAAAAUAACCGAGGAAUCCCACUGUUCAACUCUACAGUCACUCACGGUCGUCCCUCGGACAUCAGGAAGGCUACCUUGGGGCUUAGACGAUUUCUCGCGCUUGAUGCCGAAAACGUGGAAACUGGAGCGGCCAAGUGACCGCUUCAUUCUCACAAGAGUAAGUUAUGAGGAAACCUAUGACAUGGCAAGAGACCUGGGUAGCUUGGAAUCGCAAUUUCGCGAGCUCUGGCCUUUGAAAAGGGGAGAUAAUUGGACAUUCGAUUGGCACAGCCUUCCGUUGGCCUGA